AUGGGAGCCCCGCAGGAGAACGUGUCGAGGACCAACUGUUCCUUCUACCAACCUUCGGUUCUCCUCAUGACUGGCAUUCCUGGCAUGGGCACAAUCCAGCACCGGCUGGUCUCCAUCCCCUUCUGCCUGUUUUACCUGAUUGCCUUCUUGGGGAACGGCACCAUCCUCUUCAUCAUCCGGAGAACCCCAAGUCUCCACGAGCCCAUGCACUACUUCCUUUCCAUGCUGGCCGCGGUGGAUCUGGGCAUGGCAGCAUGCACUCUGCCCACCACGCUGGGCCUCUUCUGGUUUGACAUCAGAGAAAUUGGGUUUGACGCCUGCCUCACCCAGAUGUACCUCAUCCACGUCUUCUCUGUGCUGGAAUCCUCCGUCCUGCUGGCCAUGGCUUUUGACCGUUUUGUCGCCAUCGCGCGGCCUCUGAGGUACAAAGCCAUCCUGACCAAGGCCACCAUAGUGAAGAUCGGCCUGGCCAUGCUGCUGAGAUCGGCUGUCUCCCUCCUGCCCCUCCCCUUCCUCCUCAAGAGGCUUUCCUAUUGCAAAAACAACAGCCUCUCCCACUCCUUCUGCUUCCACCCGGACGUGAUGAAACUGGCCAACCCAGAUGACAUCACCAUCAACGUCCUGUAUGGCUUAGUGGUCAUUGUCACCACCGCCGGCAUCGAUUCUGUCUUCAUUGUGCUCUCUUAUCUUCUCAUCAUCAGGACGGUGGUCAGCCUGGGGGCCACAGGGAAGUGCUGGAAGACCCUGAACACGUGUGUCUCUCACAUCUGCGCGGUGUUGAUCUUUUUCAUCCCCAUGAUUGGCCUCUCCAUGAUCCACCGAUUUGGCCAGACUCUCCCCCCCAUUGUCAGCACUGUGGUUGCCUACGUCUACCUCAUCGUGCCCCCUGCUCUAAACCCCAUCAUAUACAGCAUCAAAUCCAAGCCGAUCCGGAAAGCUCUAUAUCGGAUGUUGCUUUGGAAGAUGGAGACCAUCUGAGACA